UCCAAAAGUCUGAAGCUGCACCUGCGUUUAGCACUAACGCGCGUGAGAUCGCUUACAUCCGGACGAAUUAGGAAAGAGGAAGGACGUCCUGACGGAAAACACCGACAUGUUUGUCAGUUUAUUGCCUUAACAUUUAUUACAAUUUCAUUCGAGAUGAUUAGAUGAGCAGUUCUUCCGAGCAAAAAAUAAAAAUAGGCUAUAUAUAAGUUAGAAGCAGUAAAAUUAAAACAAGCCCUGAAGUGCAGCACGCAGUUUUAAGUCGACAGGAUUUGUCAUGGAUAAGUCGAAGAACUUUCGGAUCGAUGCUCUGCUGGCGGGUGAGUCACAGCGGAGGAGAAGUCGGGACUCUGAUAUACUUGAUGUUGACGCCACUCUGUGCAAACGACCAGACAGCUCUCCUAUCCGCAGCAGUGCCAGUGCGCUCCAGCAGCAGGCAGGAAUCGUGCCCAAACCCGGUCUGCUAACCAUCCCUCAUCCGGGACUAAGCGCGUUAUCUCAGGGCUCGAUCGCAGGGAUGUACCCGGGCCCGGUGUGCUCUCUGAGUGCGCUGGGAGCGCAGCAUGCCGCAUUCCCGUAUCCCGCCUUCACUCCGCCGCAUCCCGAGCAGCUGAAGGCCGCCGCCGUGGCGGGACAUUUCCCCUUCGAGCAGUGGAUCCGCGCCGGCAUCAUGGUGCCCCGACUCGCCGAUUUUAACGGCUCUCCUCAGUCAGGCCUGAUGGGAAAGUGCCGUCGACCUCGAACUGCUUUCACUAGUCAGCAACUACUGGAGCUGGAAAACCAGUUCAAACUGAACAAGUACCUGUCACGACCCAAACGUUUUGAAGUAGCCACUUCGCUAAUGCUGACUGAAACACAGGUGAAAAUCUGGUUCCAAAACCGACGGAUGAAAUGGAAGCGCAGCCGCAAAGCCAAAGAGCAAGCAGCGCAGCUGGAGGCUGAUGGCAAUCAGCAGGCCAAACGUUCCAGCAAACCUGGAGACCCUCGCCGCUGCAGCACACAGGACGAUGAUGAGGAGCUGGAAGCAGAGGAGGAAGAGGACGAAGAUGAAGGCUUUGGAGGUGCUCUAAAUGGCAGUGUGGGCCUGCCUCACUCCUCAGACUUUCUCCAGCACAGCUCCGAGUUGAGCUACAGCUCUCACAGCUCUUACUCAGAUGACGACCUGGAAGAGAUUGGAGCAGACAGGAAGAUUGGAGUUGGGCUAUGAAUACAUGGUGUAAUUAUGAAUUAUUUACCCAUUGUGUAGUCCAAGAGCUUGCUGCAUCUAUAGCCUUCAUCAGAGACUUUGUACUUGCAAAGACUGAAGCCAUGCACCAAAAUCUCUAUCUCUUAUUUAUCUAUGUGACAGCCUUUAACUUAUAAACUGCUGUCUUGUCCCAAGUAGGAAUGUUUCUCUCUGUAAAACUGUCUUUGUCCUCUGUGUUCAGGUGAGCAUUUUGGGAUUUGCAACCCGUGUUUGAGUAGUAGAACCAAAAUGUCUACUGCAUGCAAUCCACAUCCUUACUUUUGUACAUGGAUCUGUACAUACACGUGAACAUGUGUAGCUAUGAACUACACUGCGCUCAAGGGGAACGGAGGGUUACUGUGUGAUGCAAAGCUUUUGUUACACAGCAUUUUUCUCAGAAACCAUUGACUGAAUAACACAGCAGAACUUGUAAAUCCUCACCGAAUAUUGCGAAACAGGAGCAGAAAAUGGAGCAAUGUGUUAUUUAGUCAUUAGUCUUUGUCAUGUUUGUUAUUGGUGGUGUUGUCCUUAAUGGUAUUUAAGUACUAUAGAUUAUAUCUAAUUUAUUCACGGUAAAAUGUACACAGUGAAAAUUCACAUGAAAGAAAAUGUCUGUUAAAUUAAAAGCAAAAAAAUUAUAAAAUAAAUAAAUAAACUGUAAAAAUUAGACUAUA